UUGUUUAGCCUAUCAUCAAAGUAUAAUACAUUUUUCUUUUUUAAUUAAUAAUUGAACAUGCGAAAGAAAGAAAAAUAAUAAACAGAGGAAAGGCAGGAAGAGAGAUGUAAAGGUGGCGGGAGUGGGUUGGGUGAGAUCAUACGAAAAGGACGGUGCCCUCUCUCAAUCUUUUAUCUUCCUUCUUCGACUGAAAACUAUGAGAGCUCUUGUUUCACGUUUCUCAUCGCCAAAAAAGGACAAAAUCCCAAUCCGCUUUUUACUCGGAAAGUUGUAGACGUACACAAUCAAAUCCCUCGGGCAGGUUAAAGGCAUUGAAUCUUUACAAAUAAAGAUAAACCUUUUUUUUCUUAAAAGAAUACUAAUUCGAAGAAGAAAGAUAUCGACAUGGAUUUCUGGCCGGAGUUUAUGGCGAGCAGCUGGGGAAGGGAGUUCGUCGCCGGUGGAUUCGGAGGCGUUGCCGGUAUCAUUUCCGGCUAUCCCUUGGACACGCUGAGAAUUCGUCAGCAACAGAGCUCCAAAUCCGGAUCUGCCUUCACCAUUCUCCGCCGGAUGCUCGCCGUGGAGGGUCCCUCCUCACUCUACAGAGGCAUGGCUGCACCCUUGGCCUCCGUCACCUUUCAGAAUGCUAUGGUAUUCCAGAUAUAUGCAAUACUCUCUCGCUCCUUUGAUUCCUCUGUUCCCAUGGAAGAGCCUUCUUCCUACAGAGGCGUUGCUCUUGGUGGGGUUGGCACUGGCGCUGUGCAGAGCCUCUUGCUUAGCCCCGUCGAGCUCAUCAAGAUUCGUCUUCAGCUGCAGCAGAGCAACAGCGGUCCCAUCAGCUUGGCUAAGACCAUCCUUAGGAGAGAAGGGCUAAAGGGGAUUUACAAAGGCCUCACCAUAACUGUUCUCAGAGAUGCUCCAGCUCACGGGUUUUACUUCUGGACUUACGAGUACGUACGAGAAAUGCUUCAUCCCGGCUGCAGGAAGAGUGGAGAAGAAACUCUUAGGACCAUGCUGGUCGCAGGUGGCCUGGCUGGUGUGUCCAGUUGGGUCAUUUGCUAUCCUCUUGAUGUCGUCAAGACCAGGCUUCAACAAGGAGGUCAUGGGGCUUACGAGGGCAUUGCUGAUUGUUUUCGUAAAAGCAUCGCACAGGAAGGCUAUGGGGUUCUCUGGCGUGGCCUCGGGACUGCAGUUGCCAGGGCCUUUGUUGUUAAUGGUGCCAUUUUUGCUGCUUAUGAGGUUGCCUUGAGGUGUUUAUUCACUCAAUUGACGUCCGCUGAUGUUGUCACAAGAGAUUUGAGUAAAAAGCCAAAAGAAGACGCCUUGAAGAUUCAUAAAGAGUGAAUGUAGUUAAUAAUAUUGUUAGCACAGAAAAUUUGAGUUAGGAUUUGGAUUGCAUGGUCAUACAAAUCUGACUCACUUUAAGUAGAAAGUCCGUCUGUGAUAAAUAGUUGUUGCUCCAACUUCUCUGUGCCAUAGAGAAGUUGGAAAACCGAUCCUAAAACACAAAGAAAACAGAUGAAAUGAAAUUUGGUUAC